GCAAAUAACGUACAACUCUACGAUGGACUUGGACUGUCGCCUCCCGUGUAACUGUGCCAUCAAGGAGCUGAAAUGUCGACUUGGUGUCAAUAUCAUCCAAGAUGGCUGCGGAUGUUGUAACAUGUGUGCUCGCCAGCAGGGGGAGCUGUGUAACAGAAAGUUUCGUUGUGACGACAGAAAAGGUCUCUACUGUGACGGCUCGGAAGAUGGACAAGGCGUCUGUAAAUCCAAAACGUCCCGUCCUUGUUACGUCAAAGGUAUAAUGUACGAGGAUGGGGAACAGUUUAAACCCGACUGUUCCAGACUGUGUACCUGUCAGAACGGCCAGUACGGCUGUAUAUCACUGUGCCCUCAGGAAGAGAAGAGACCCUCCCUGACCAGCUGCUCGAACCCCCGCCUGAUGAUCAUUAACGGACGCUGCUGCCGGGAAUGGACUUGCGAUACGGGCAAACAGCAGAACGACUACGCUCCCACUUACGACUUCGCGCAGAAUCUCGUCUUGCAAUCUCCUCUAACCGCCUCACCGAUCGUUGUGACGUCACGUCCGCCGUGCAAAAUUCAGACGACAAAAUGGAGUCCCUGCUCAGUCACGUGCGGAGCUGGAAUGUCAGUACGCAUGACAAAUGAUAACUACGUCUGUAAACCAGUUCAACAAACCCGAUUGUGUUACUUACGGCCCUGUGGUGUAGAAGUUCAUACAGAGGGCCGAGACAAAUGUACACCAACGACGAAAAGCCGGGACAAACACCGAAUUCUUUACCAAGACUGCCGAAGCGUCAAGAAGAGGACUCUCAAAUUUUGCACGACAUGUAAAAAGAAUCGUUGUUGUUACCCAGCUAAAGUCAAGACUGUCAUGCUGGAAUUCGAAUGUAGCGGAGGACGCAGGGAGUUCUUCAGUUUCAUGUGGAUCAAAAAAUGUCAGUGUAGUAAAAAGUGCUACGCAAACGCCUAAAGGUGGCAGCGUAUGCGCAUUAAAACCAAGUGUAUCUGUCAUCAUCGUGGAGAUGAGCCAUUACGAAACACGGAUGCAAGAGGGUCGCCUCAGCUAAAUAACUCUACAGUACUAGAAAAUUUUCAAAUUUUACCUGCAAGCUGGAUGAAUUAAUAAUAUUUUGUUUGAAAACUGCAGCACUAAGUUUAGCUUUGUUAAACCUUGAAGGCGGAAAGUUUUGACCCUUAGAGAGCAGUUGAGGUCGCAAAAAGGUUAGGUAAAGCAGUUCUGUAUUCUUAAAAGCGAGAUGAUGACAUAACCAUGAAAUAUACAAAUACUCAUCGCCUCCACAAAUUCUGAUGUGGCAAAUUUUUGCAUCCGACCUUCGACAUUAUUUGUCGCUACUCUCUUUUUUAUGACGUCAUAACCACUUGUAGUUACUAAAAAAAAAGGCCGAAAGGCGUUAAGGCGGAAG